UGUACAGUAAAGGCUUGAUUGACUGUAAUUGUGCUGCAACUGUGUAGAAUCUCACAGGUGGGUCUCAUUAAGCUGAUUAUCAGCCGCUAACUGUAGGACAGCUUCUCGGUGACUUCUGCUUCUUUAUUAGGAGAAACCUGAAAACUAAGGAGUUCUUCUCCCCUCUGCAUCUUCCACCUUUCCUCCUGUCUCUCUGUAGCGGUGGACAGAUGAGAGCAGAGGACAGUUGAUAAGGAAAACCCUGUCCAGAGUUUUGUUAUUUCUCUCCAGUCCCUCUGUGUCUGUAGCUUCAACUUCUCGCUCUGUUUUUCUGCGCGUAAAAACUUUGGGAAGCCCGGUCUCCUCCCUCCCUCCCUCCGUGCGUAAUUCUGUGGAAGAGCUUUGCAAACUUGUGAAUAAAUCUCACAAUUUCUGGCACCUGUUGCCGAGAGCACGGAGCACAGAACUGGACUUUAUUCCUGCGGGACAACUUGGGACUGACCCGGACCCGGACCAGGUUCCACGGAUCACGCUCCAGCAGCAGCUGCUGCCGCUUGGACACCCCCACCACCACCCUGCACCGCCUCAUAAAAACGACCGCUUUUGUGACAAAGAGGACUUUAGACGUCGAGGAGUGAAAUGAAUGAAGGAAGGAAGGGUUCCAGAAAGUGACACUUGAAGGAAUCUGUGCGCGUCUCGUAAAACAACGCAAAAAAACAAAAACAAACAAGAGCUGAAGCAGGAUCAGCCUGAAAAACAGCGCUGAGUGUGAAGUUUCCAACCGGACACUGAGACUUUAACACCUCGGAUGGUGGAAGGAAAAACUUUUUCUGCAGAGCUGAUCAGCAAUUCUACUCCACAGAAGAAGAGAAGGUUUGGUGCUGACUAUAGCAGACUUUAGGACAGAGGUGCUUCCCCCCACUGCCUCAUCCCCAUUCUGGUUUAACUCCAACCAGCCUCAGACCCACAGAGCCCUUUGCCCCGGUCUGGCUGCUCGGCGGUGCCGCGGCGGACAAUCAUGUACAACAGGCCGGUCCCGAGAAGACGAACCGGAGCCGUCCGACAUCUGCUGCAGCUGGCGUGCGUCUUACUCGCCUGCAGCUCCCAGCUUCUGAUGGCGGAGGCAAACUCGUGGUGGUCUCUAGGUUUGACCCCAAUCCAGAGGCCUGAGAUGUACAUCAUCGGCGCUCAGCCUCUCUGCAGUCAGCUUUCUGGCCUUUCGCAGAGUCAGAGGAAGCUGUGCCAGCUGUACCAAGAUCACAUGAGCUACAUCGGAGACGGAGCGAGAACAGGCAUCAAGGAGUGCCAGUACCAGUUCAGACAGAGGAGGUGGAACUGCAGCACUGUAGACAACACGUCCGUGUUUGGACGCGUCAUGCACAUUGGCUCAAGGGAGACGGCAUUCACCUACGCCAUCAGUGCAGCCGGUGUUGUCAACGCCAUCAGCCGGGCGUGCCGUGAGGGUGAGCUCUCCACCUGUGGCUGCAGCCGCGCUGCCCGGCCGCGCGACCUGCCGCGUGAUUGGCUGUGGGGAGGAUGCGGCGAUAAUGUGCAUUACGGCUACAGGUUUGCUCGGGAAUUUGUCGAUGCCAAAGAGCGGGAGAAGAAUUACCCGCGCGGGUCGAGAGAGUACGCUCGAAUCCUCAUGAAUCUGCACAACAAUGAAGCUGGGAGACAGGCGGUCUACAACCAAGCCCAUGUUGCCUGUAAGUGUCAUGGAGUCUCCGGUUCCUGCAGUCUGAAAACAUGUUGGCUUCAGUUGGCUGACUUCAGGCAAGUUGGAGAAUUUCUAAAAGAGAAAUACGACAGCGCUGCAGCCAUGCAGAUUGGACGCAAGGGAAAGCUGGAGCUCAAAGACAAGCGCUUCAACAACCCGACGCCUGAGGACAUGGUCUACAUUGACCCAAGCCCCGACUACUGCCUCCGAAACGAGACCACGGGCUCACUGGGAACGCAUGGCCGUUACUGCAACAAAACCUCAGAAGGCAUGGACGGCUGCGAGCUCAUGUGCUGCGGCAGAGGGUACGACCAGUUCAAGACCUACAAGCACGAGCGCUGCCACUGCAAGUUCCACUGGUGCUGCUACGUCAAGUGCAAGCGCUGCUCGACACUCGUGGACCAGUUUGUGUGCAAAUAGCACGAGGGUGAACUCUGGCCCAAAUAAUUGGGAAUGAAAACAGACAAGAAGAAGGGGAAGAUGAUGAAGAGUGAUGAUAUCCAUUUUAAUAUAAAGAACUGAUCUAUGGACUUAUAUAUAAAAAAACAUGUCCAAUAUCCUGAUCACGACCCUGAUGGAAGGAUGAAAGAACAAGAGCACACAUGAUGAACAAAUAAGGAUGAAAGGGAAAAAAGGACCAAGCUUGAAUCCCUUAGAAUGGGACACAAUGACCUGUGUGAGCUGAAGAGAUGACAUAAAAAUAUAAUUAAAGGAAAAAUAAAUGUACAACUUAUACAUUUUAAUUUAAGAGACUUCCAUUUGCUUUUAAGUUUGAAGCAGCCUGAUUCCUCUGUUUGUCCGUUACUUUUUAAUGCAAGAGCACUGCUAACAUUGCCAUAUGCACUCCCAUCCCCACAGUGCAAACAAAGAAACGCCCCAAACUACAAUCAUCAGGAAGAGAAUGAACCCAGGUGAUAAAAAUAGAAAAUCAGCCUAUAGUGCCUUGUAAAAAUAUUUAUACCCCUUUAACUUUUUCACUUUUUGUCAUGAUACAGCCACAACCUGGAUUUUAUGUAACAAACCAACAAAGCGUGGCGCCUAAUUAUGCAAUAGAAGGAAAACAAUCCAUGGUUUUAAAUAUCUUUACUUUGUUGAGCUAAGUCUUCUUACAGGUGGUUUUUAAUAUGGGACAUAUGGGAGUUGCACAGGGUGACGCUACAGAACAAGCCCAGGGGACGUACAAACACCAUGUUUUGAAAAAUAUCAUUCCGCCCUUAGGUUUUGUAUUGCUGGUAUGUGUAUGCAAGCAUCCCUCUGUGUUUAGCAGGCACGCCCGCCUACUGCCAAGAAAGGAAAGACAAGGCUCUGUUGAGUGAGGCACCACUUACACUUCUCUGAGCACUACCUUAAGUUACGCCCUACCAGAAAAUUUGUUUUCGCAAAUUGUGCUGUAGUGUGGUAUUGGGAGGAGAAAAAGGAAUGGGCUCACCCAAGGCACCAAUCAUUCAAGGACUUUGCAAAUCUAGAGACAUUCUUUCUAGUUAGACUGGAUGGAGAACAUCUGUGAACAUUAAUUUUAAAGUAUCCAAGUCUUUCAAGCCCAAAUUUGGUUCAUUCCUUGACCUUUCCUGGGUCACUAUAACACAUAGAUAUGUUUGGUUGCACUGUAGCUCUGGCUGUAUAUUUAGGGUUGCUUUUCUGUGAGGAGGGGAACUUCCAACCCAGUCUGAAGUCUUUUGGAGCUGCUAACAGGUCUUCUUCUACAUUUGUUCUGAAUUUACAUUCAUCUUGCCACAAACUUUAACUAGCUUGUUUGUUGUGGCUUAGGAAACGCAUACCCACAUCAUGAUUAUUCCACCACAAUGUAUCACAGUAGGGAUGAUGUAUUCAGGAUGUUGUCCAGGUUUAGUCUGUGCCACAUUUUGCAUGUAGGCAAAAAAGUUAAGUUUUAGUCAAAUCUGCUUCAACAUGUUUACUGCUUGUUGCCAACUUCAAAGUGAACUUUUUAAGGAGCUUACACACUAAAUACAGUAUCUGUCAUUUGUAUUUCAAGCUCCACGCAACAACGGCUUUGUCCUGCACCGCUCCCACCUCAACAUGGAAGUGCUAGCAGCUCUGCAGCGGUUGCCACGCAGUCAGGUUAAUGUCGAUAUUUGUUGCACUUUGACUGCAGUUACACAGCGACGGAUACUCGCACAACGAGUAGAUACAGGAUAUCUAUCAAACUGCUGCAGCAGCCUGUAAAUGUGGAACAGAGCUCCUUCACAUGCUCCGCACUGAUCUGUGAAGGGUCUUGUCAUGAUUUUCUUUCAAUGUUAUUCCUCUGCUUCUCUGUCGCAAUAGUCGCAUUGGUUUUAGCCCAAAAGACAUUUGAGAUUUUCAGAUAAAACCUACAACUCCUAGUAAUAAUAUUAAUAAUACUUUUUAGUGUAAAAUGAUACCUCUCUUGCGUUGUACUUUGGCAUGGAGGAACAGAGUGCAGUGCUAUCAGUGUUGUUAUCAGUUUAGUGCCACAGGAUUCACUGUGGCACCAGGUUUAACGAAUUCCAUUUUUGAUGUGAAAGGCCCUCUAUGAUUCUCUUCCAACAGUGUUUUCGUUCUUACCACUCGUUGCCAACCUGAGUGACCUGGAACGUUGGUACAACAGCAAUAAUGUAUUUUGGUGCUAAGUCAUUUAGUGAUUAAUAAACUAACGUAAGUAUUUUAAAGUCUAUUCUCUGACAUUUGGGGAGCCAGUGCAAGGACCUAAGAAUUGGGCUGAUGUGCUCUACUUUCCUAUUUUUAGUGAGGGCAGCAGCAUUCAGGUUCAUUUGCAGCUGUCUGAUUGACGUUUUAGACAGACCUGUGAAAGCACUGUUGCAGUAAUGCAAGGAUGGGUUUCCCAAGCUCCUCCUGGGACAUUAGUCCUUUAAUCCUGGAAAUGUUGUUCAGGUGAUAGAAGGUCGACUUUGUUUUGAUGUGCCUCUGAAGGUUAAGGUCUCAUUCCAUCACUACACCCAUAUUUCGGAUCUGAUCUGUGGUUUCUAGCUGUAGUAACUGAAGCUGUCAGUUAACUCUGGAUCGCUCCUGCUUUGGUCAAAAACUAAUUACUUCAGUCCUGUUUUUGUUCAGCUGAAAAAAAUGAUGUCACAUCCACACACUGAUUUGUUCUAUGCAUCUACUCAACACUUAAUACUCUUCUUUGCUGUCUUGUCACAUUAGGUGGACGGCCAUAUCUUGGCAGGUUUGUAGUUAUACAUAUUUUUAGAUGAUUGAUUGAUUGAUUGAUUGAUUGAUUGAUUGACUGAAUAGAGCUCUGUGAGAAGUUCAAAGCUUGAGAUAUUGUUUUAUAACCUAACCCUGCUUUAAACGUCUCCACAUCUUUACCCCAUAUGUGUUUGCUGUGUUCCUUGGUUUUCAUGAUGUUUUUUAUUCACUGACUCGAACAAACCGCUGAGGCCUACAAAGAACAGUUGUUGAUUUUAAUAAUGGGUAUUAAGCUAAGGAGGGCUAAUUACACUUUUCAGUUGUAAACAAAAUAAAAAAAAGGUGUAUUAUUUUUCUCCCACUUCAUAAUUAUCUUCCACCUUGGGUUGGUAUAUCACAUGAAAUCCCAAUAAAUUACACCAUGUUUUGUAGUUGUAAUGCAAUAAAAUGUGAACAAGGAUAUAGGAUAUUUUUGAAGGGCACUGUUAAAAGAGGGAAGCAAAGUAUUUAUAUAUCUUUUGCAACAAACUUUGGGAGACCAUAUUAAAAAGAAAAGCACACAUAAAUCCAGUUCUAAAUGCCUAAACCUGCAGCACCAACAGCAAAAUAGUAGUAAACACGCAUAAAAGGACAGGGCACGCUCUCCUUUUUCUUUGUGACAUGACAAAUGAUCCUGUGAGCGGCUUAAUGAGGCCUGCUGCUUGCAGCUAUCUUGACAUUGUGCUAUUUAAAUAAGCAGUAACCUUCCGCAAAGCAUCCAUGUCAGAGAUUAAUAUGUGGGAUCUGCCUGAAUGAAGAUGAUGCAAAGAGGCACGUUCAGUACAAAGUGAACCUUUUUGUCUUGCUUUCGUACACAAGGUGUCAAGUGUUUUGUCAGCUUGGCAGUUUUGCCAUGACUGUGACAUUUUAUGAUGCAAAUAAUAGGUGCUGUUGUUUACAGAAGAGGACUGAACAUGCUGUGGAAAAUAUUUGCAAGAAGAAACAGAACUGGACUGCAAUUCCUUACAAGCUACUUUCAAGAACUAGAAGAUAAGAAAUUAUAUUUUGUCAGUGUUUAUAAGCUUGUGAUGUUUUCUGUGUUUUAUACAUGCAUAUUACUGUGUAUUCUUUUGAUAAAGUAGACGUUGAAAGUGAGACUUUCUGUCUGCUGCAGUUCUUUUGAAAAGGUCUGAUCCCAUGCCAACAUGUUUCCUCCACCACAGAUAAUCCUUUGUUAUCUGGUGGCUGCUGUUUUUGGAAAAUUAUUCUGUAAUGGAGAAAAAAACGACAAAAAAUACAGGGUUCCUACUCAGCCUAGAAAAAUAUGGAAAAGUAUGGAAAAAACAGAAAAAAAUGUAAUUUCUCAGAAUGUUCCCUGUUACAUUGUCAAAAGGUUCUAUUCAUUCAUUCCACUUGUCUUGUCUGCAUCAGUCUGUCUGUCCUCCAUCCAUCUGUUUGUCCAACAAUCCAUCCUUCUGGUCCUUUAUCCAUCUGUCCAUACAUCAUUCCAAAAAAAAAACAUCUUUCAUUGCAAUUUUUCCUACCAAAACGUGGAUCAGUUUGCAUCCUUGUUGGGGAUGUUUUUUACCCAUUUUAAGUAGCAACCAUAUAAAGCAGUUACCUUUCAUCUAUAUUCUGCUGGAAGGAAGUUUUGUAUUUUUAUUUUUAUUAUUAUUGUAAUCUGCAGACAGGUCUAUCUGUGGUCAUCUAUUAUUUAUCUAUUUAAAAUAUAACUAAUUGGGAUUUAUACCUAAAGAUUUUCACCAAAGCUUGUUGAUAUUGCAGCUUCAGCUAGUUUUUCCUCAUGAUUUAUCCUGCCUGUUACCCUAAAGACCUUUUGAUUCCGACAGAUGGCCAAACAGCUUGUCUAUCCCUAUAAACUCCUUGUUUGUUCUACAUUUCUGUCCCACGCCAUCCAUUGUCCACAUUUAAACUGAAGAACACCAAGCUUGAUUCCUCUAAAUACCAUCAGGUUAAUUUUAGGUUGUCUUUUAACUUCAUAAAACGCUCCAGCAGCUUUGUUCAACCACAUUUUUUAACGUUUAGCGCUGAAUGUCAUACACACAGUCAAGACUAAUCAGGUCAGGACGCUGAACCUGCUAAUAAUCCCGUUACUCGUAGCUGUGUGCAUGUAAUUGGAUUAGACAACGCUGCACGAGUGACCUGCAGCCGUGUAUCUGAGUAAUCCUUUUCACCUGACAGAGGACGGUGUAUGUCUGGGGUCAUCUGUCAUCGUGGACAAACUUUCAUGAUUCACUGAAGCUAGAAACACAAUAAUCAAUAAAAUCCGUAACUGAUUAUCCAUAUAGUUUGUUGUAUACCUUGAUAUAAUGUGUGUGAGCACUUAAUAAGUAAUAGAUGAGUGAAAGUGUAACCUUAAGGUCCAUUUAAUCCUCCUUGCCCAACAGCCAUCUGUUUACAAAGUAAUGCCAACUUGAAUUGCAACAAAUAGAAAAACUAAACAAUCAGUGAGGUUUCCUCUCUACUAUAGCUUUACCUUCAAUGAUUUUGGUCAAUUCUUAUCUUUAGGCUGUUUUUAAAGCUCUUGGUUGCAAAAGAUUUCAGUGUGUCUGCCACAAAUGAAUGCUGUUUUUUGUGGACAUAUUGAAACCAGUUUGGUGCUGACUUUGGUUUUUCCUGAGGGUGAAUUGUUUUGAAAAGCUCCGACUUUACUAUUUAUACUGUUCCUAUCUAAACAAACUGCAAUUUAUUUUCUUGGGAUUUUAUGUGAUAGGCCAACGUAAAAUAGUACGUAAUUGUAGUGUAAUUUAGGAAAAAUAAGUCAGUGCUGUGUAGAACCACCUCUUGCUGCAUGGCUCUGCCAGCUUUACACAUCUAGAGACUAGAUGUUUUUACCAUUUUUUUUUUUUGUUCUGUUUGCACAAUAGAUCAAACUCAAUCAUACUGGAUAGCGAGUGUUUUUCUACAUCAAUUUUCAAGUCCUGCCACAGAUUAUCAGUUAAACUCAGAUCUGGACUUUGACUAGGUCAUUCUAACACAUGUAUAUACUUUGAUGUUGUGGCUAUUGUAUAUUUAGGGCCUUGUAUUUAGCCCUAUGCACAUUCCCGUCAUCUCCGACCAACUGUUCUGUCCAUGCUGAAAAAAGACAUUCCCAUAUCAUGAUGCUACCACCACUGUGUUCCACCAAUGGGAUGUGGUGUUCAGGAGGAUGUGCUGUUUUGUAUGUAGGUCAAAAAGUUCACCUUAUGUGUCACUUCCCUCUGUUUCAUCAGUAGGUUUCUGCUUGGUAUUCUUCUGUUAAGGCCAGACUUGAGGGCACAAUGAAUCAUUAAUGCGGUCAACAUAUUCUUCCACCUGAGCUGUGAUCCCCGUAGCUCCUCCAGAGUUACCAUAAGCUUCUCUGCUCUGAUUAUUGCUUUCUUCUGUACAAUGUACGGUUAUGAAGGCUAUUGAAUUUACAAGGAAUCAGCACUCACUGUAGAUCAUUCUUUAACAAACAAGAGACAGUUUAUCUUCUUUUACUGAUGGUCCUACACAGAUUUUAUCUUUAGAUCUAAUUACCUGUUAUACUCUUAAUUAUUCUGCGAUGGACUGGCAACCUGUCCAGGGUGUAUCCCGCCUUCCGCCUAUAGACUGCUGGAGAUAGGCACUAGCUUCCCCGCGACCCACUAUAGAAGAAGCGGUAGAAGAUGACUGACUCACUGACUGACUGACUCUUGAUUAUUCAGUUGUACUCCUGGUUCAUUCACAUUUUUACCUACAUUAAAACAAAAAGAGAGAUCCACAGGGAGCCCUGGUUCCUGGUGCAUUAAAUGCUCUCACUGACAUUCCUGUCAUUUUAGGUGACUGUCAUGUCUUGCUGGAUUUGCAGCUCUGCUAUAUACUUUAUGUAACAUGGCAAUGUAUUGAACAGUGCUCUGUGACAUGUUCAAAAAUUGGGAUAUUGUUUCAUAAUUUUUCUACUAAGAAUAAACUUCACAAGGUCAAUUUUGUUAACUUUAAUUAGGUGACCUCUGAAGGCAUUAUUUUCACUGUAUUUUAUUAAUGGGUAUACAUAACAAAUCAAAUAAAACAUGUUUAAGUUUUUUUUUAUGAUUAAAUGUGGAAACAUUCA